AUGUCCCUUGAUUCAGAAUCCUCUCCUUCCUCCAGCAGGGACUGGUUCUUCCCUUCCCCUUCCUUCAUCCACUCCACUUCCCACCCUUCACAAUCCCCAAAUUACCCCCGAAGGUGGACCACAAUCCCCAGGCAUUCCCGCCCUUGUCCUCCUGAUUGGAAGCCUUCUAAAACGUCGACGUUUCGAAGCGUUUCGUCGUCCGAUUCCGCCCCCUAUGGAGACCGAAAGUACAGUCGGCUUCGCCACAGAGUCGACUUCACUCGUAGGAGCGAGAAAUCGCCGAAACAAGAAGAAGACGGCGCCGUUUUGGAGCAGAAAAGGGACGUUUCUAAUGCCGGUUCGGGUGGAAAACAAAACGUUUUGAGUGACAACACGGCGUCCGGUGAAAUGGGUAUCUGGAUUGCCGGUCAACGGGUCAAAGUCCGGUGGCAGAUGGCGUUUUCUAUAGCUAUUUUAAUCACAGCUUUUGGUUCUUUGGUGCACAAGAAUUUCUCUUUACAUAACCGACUCAUCGAAUUGCAGGACCAAAUUUCGAAUCUGAAUAUCAGAUUACAAGCUUGCAAUUUGUUGGACUUUGUAGAUACCGAUACCAUGUUGCAAGAGAGUGAUCAUCUUUCAAGUAAAGGCUUAAAGAUUCUAGCUCUGAUUGUCUCACUCGUGCUGUUAUCCUUACCUAUUUUUAUUUUCAAGUAUAUUGACUAUGUAUCUAAGUUGAGAUCCUCAGAAAACUCUUCUGAAAAGGUUUCUCUUAAUAAGCAACUUGAAUAUUGGGUAGAUGUCUUUUUAUCAGUUCAUCCAUAUGCUAAGCCAGUUGCUUUGUUGGUUGCUACUCUAAUGCUUAUUUGUCUCGGAGGUUUGGCACUAUUUGGUGUCACUCAUGAUAGCCUAGCAGAUUGCCUUUGGUUAUCUUGGACUUUUGUUGCCGAUUCAGGUAACCAUGCCAACUCUGAAGGUAUCGGUCCCAGAUUAGUUUCUGUUUCUAUCAGCUUUGGUGGCAUGCUUAUUUUUGCAAUGAUGCUCGGGCUUGUUUCUGAUGCAAUUUCUGAGAAGUUUGAUUCAUUGAGGAAAGGAAGAAGUGAGGUUGUUGAGCAAAACCACACUCUGAUUCUUGGAUGGAGUGAUAAAUUGGGUUCAUUGCUCAACCAACUUGCCAUAGCUAAUGCGAGUUUGGGUGGAGGGAUUGUCGUAGUGAUGGCUGAGCGGGACAAGGAGGAGAUGGAGCUUGAUAUUGCUAAAAUGGAGUUUGAUUUCAGAGGGACAUCUGUGAUAUGCAGAAGCGGGAGCCCUCUGAUUCUGGCUGACCUUAAAAAAGUAUCUGUAUCCAAGGCCCGUUCAAUUAUUGUCCUUGCUGAAGAUGGAAAUGCGGACCAGAGUGAUGCUCGUGCUUUGAGAACAGUCUUAAGUUUGACAGGAGUAAAGGAAGGGCUAAGAGGGCAUAUUGUGGUGGAACUAAGUGAUCUUGACAACGAGGUUCUUGUUAAACUUGUUGGUGGAGAACUUGUUGAGACUGUUGUAGCUCAUGAUGUUAUUGGGCGCUUAAUGAUUCAAUGUGCACGGCAGCCAGGACUUGCACAGAUAUGGGAAGAUAUCCUUGGCUUUGAAAAUUGUGAGUUCUACAUAAAAAGAUGGCCUCAGUUGGAUGGUAUGCAAUUUGAGGAUGUAUUGAUCAGUUUUCCUGAUGCUAUUCCUUGUGGAGUCAAGGUUGCUUCCCAUGGGGGUAAAGUUAUCCUGAAUCCUGAUGACUCAUAUGUUCUACAAGAAGGCGACGAAGUCCUUGUUAUAGCAGAAGAUGAUGACACCUAUGCUCCGGCCACAUUACCUAUGGUAUGGAGAGGAAAUUUACCCGGAGACUUUAUUGUCCCAAAGUCGACAGAAAAAAUACUUCUUUGUGGUUGGCGACGGGAUAUAGAAGACAUGAUUAUGGUUUUGGAUGCCUUCCUAGCUCCUGGGUCAGAACUCUGGAUGUUCAAUGAAGUUCUUGAAAAUGAGAGGGAAAAGAAGCUUAGUGAUGGUGGUCUGGACCUCACAAGAUUGGUAAAUAUAACACUGGUUAAUCGUGAAGGGAAUGCAGUUAUACGACGUCACCUAGAAAGUCUUCCCUUGGAAUCUUUUGAUUCAAUCCUAAUUCUGGCUGAUGAAUCUGUGGAAGAUUCAGCCAUUCAAGCUGAUUCCAGAUCUCUUGCCACAUUACUAUUGAUUCGUGAUAUUCAGGCCAAGCGUCUUCCGUAUAGAGAAGCUAUGGUAACACGCGGUCACAGAGGAAGUUUCUCACAAGGUUCCUGGAUCGGGGAGAUGCAGCAAGCUUCAGAUAGAUCAGUAAUAAUCAGUGAAAUUCUGGAUCCACGGACUAAAAAUUUAUUAUCUGCGUCAAAGAUUAGUGAUUAUGUUUUAUCAAAUGAGCUAGUCAGUAUGGCAUUAGCUAUGGUCGCAGAGGAUCGGCAAAUAAAUGAUGUACUAGAAGAGCUCUUUGCAGAAGAGGGAAAUGAGCUGCAUAUUAGGUAUGCAGAUCUUUACCUUCAUGAAGGUGAAGAAUUGAGUUUCUAUGAAAUAAUUUUACGAGCUCGGCAGAGGCGAGAGAUUGUUAUAGGUUAUCGUUUAGCAAAUGCAGAGAGAGCUGUUAUCAAUCCACCAGCCAAAGGUGACAGAAGAACGUGGUCAGUGAAGGAUGUGUUUGUGGUGAUCACAGAGAAGGAAUGAGUUUGUUCCUUUUUAUGCUUCAAGAGGACAUCCUUGACACCGAAAAUGGCUGAAGAUGUUCUCAGUGCUGUUAAGUAGAGUUGUAUCGAGUGAUUUCAAUUACCAAAGAACAGAUCAACCUCGCAUGGGGUUUCAAGGAGGAGCUAGAAAAGCUUGGUGGCUUACUAGCUACAAUUAUAUAUAGCUUUCUUGCAAGAUGCAGAGGAAAGGCAAACAAAGGAUAACUCAGUGGAGCUUUGGCUGGAAAAGCUCAAAGGUGUUUGCUUAUGAGGCCGAUGAUGUGCUUGAUGAGUUCCAUUUCAAGAUGGCUAAAAAAACUUAAAAGGACAUCCAUAAAUCCUUGGAUUACCCUAACCCAACAAAUUGGCCAAUCCUUGCAUGAGCUAGCUAUAGGCAUAACUCCUGACUUUGGAGGAUCAAAUGAAGAGACAAGUCUCCUUUCUAGAUGACUCAAACGUGGAAGGGAAAAUGGCGUUUCAAAACUACUUCUCUCUGCUAUGCCGCUGUACCUGUAGUAGGUAUGGCAGACCUUGGAAAAACAAGUAUACAAUGAUGUGGAAGUAACAAGGCAGUUUGAUGUAACAUUAUUGGGUGUGUGUGUCUGCUAAGUUUGAUGCCAAAAGGAUUUAAAAACAGAUCCUUUGAUCAUUUUAUUGGUGAGCAAAUCUCAAUACUUGAAAACAAGAUUGCUUUAGUUGAGAAACUUUUGAAGGGAAACACUAUCUUCUUGUACUUGAUGGUGUGUGGAAUGGUUGACCAAUAGGACGACGACCUAAAGCUUUGUUUGUCUGGAGUU